CUUCCAGAAAAGUUUGAAAUUUUUUUUUCCUUGUUUACGCAGGAUAGAAACAAGAUGGGAGAUUCAGUACCUCUAAAACUAGCACUGCCAGAGCUGAAGUAUCCUAUUGGUUCACAACCAAAGGAAAAGUCAGCAAUCAACCAAUAUUCCGGCUCAGAGUAUAUCUCCAUUGUUGACAGCAUCCUAAAACCAGAUGAGAUGAUAAGAGUCCGAGGAUCAUUUCUGGGACCUAUAAUGAAGCUCAGUGAGAGAGGAUUGAAGUUAUCAGCAAAGAUAGUCUACGCCAUUCUCAGUAGAAGCAUCAUUUAUGUCAAGGAGAAUGAAGCCUGGUUCCAUUUCGGUAUGCAGCCAAUGAGGUUCUCUAUAAGAGAAUUUCAUAUGAUGACAGGCUUGAAAUGUAGUGGUGCAUUAGAAGGACCACGAAGGGAAACCAAGAGAUUUAAUUGGGAAUUGCUAAAGGGGCGUAGUCAUAAGUUAAGUGACGUGGUGGACCAGCUCAGAAACACAAGAGAAGAUGCUUCUGAGGAGAGAGUAUGCCUCGCAAUGCUCAUCCUAGUAGAGAGCAUAUUAUUGCGGAAGAGCAAAGGAGGGAGUUUCCCUUUGGAAUAUGCGAAAAAUGCACAGGAUAUGACAUAUCCAUGGGGAAAAGAGGCUUACAUUGUGUUCCUGAAGUCAAUUCAAAACGCUGUCGCGAAUCAUUUGGAGAAUAAAUCCAAAUUUGAGUUGCAAGGUUAUCCUCUAGUAUUCCUUCUUUGGAUACUAGAGUCGAUUCCUUUGCUAAGGAAUAAGUUCAGUAAGUGUGUACCAACAGUUGAGGUUCCUGGGCCGACUUACUUGUGUGAAAAAUACACUGAGGUAGAGAAUCCAUCACUUGAUAGGGUUUUACAGGUUGAAGCUGAUACAAAGCUGAAGGUCCAUUGCAUACUACCUUCUAUUCCUCAUGAUCCAGAAGAUAAAAUCUCCAUUGAAGACAAAUAUAGUGACGAGCUGGAAACAGUGAAAGAUGUAACAAAGAAAGGGUACAAGUUUACAGCCGAUGACUGGGAAAAUAGGUGUGUAGACACAUUUGAUACAUUGGAUGCUCUUAUUCAAAUGAUGGCAAAUAAGAAGACUGGCCAAGCUUCUACUCCGAUUGAUGAGGAUUCAGUAAAUGAAAAAGUGAACAGGAUCAUCGAGGUAAUGGAGGAGAAUCUGAAGAGCAUGAAGGAUCGAAUGUCAUUACUGGAAGAAGAAAACAUGCAUCUUAGAGCCCGUGUGUCAGAGUUGGAAGGAAACAACAAUGUUUUUCCCACUAACGUGACACAACAGGUAAAUUCUCAAAACAUCUUCUUUUACAUUUGCAUUUUCAAGUAUUUUUUGGAAGAUCUUGUACAUAUUCUUGAAUGUCUUCCUAAUAUUUGACAAACAGCGAUCCAGUGGGACACCUUUAUCUCCAAUGUCUCACACGCAACCAUCGAGUGAGACACCUUUAUCUCCAAUGUCUCAACAGCCUAAUUUGACACAUGAGGUAUGUAACCAAUAAAUAUUGUUGACUUUUGAAGUAAUAUUUGGAAGCUUUUGUACUUCUUGAAUGCAUUCCUGAUUUUUGCAGGAGACAAUGAUUGAAUCAACUGCAUCUCCAAAGUCUCAACAAAAUGAGGUAUAUGCUCAAAAUGUUUUAAGAAAAUAUUUGGAAAUUCUUGUACAAAAUCCUGAACGCCUUCCUGAUUUUUGCAGGAUUACACGCAACCAUCGAGUGAGACGCCUUUAUCUCCAAUGUCUCAACAGCCUAAUUUGACACAUGAGGUAUGUAACCAAUAAAUAUUGUUGAGUUUUGAAGUAAUAUUUGGAAGCUUUGGUACAUAUUCUUGAAUGCAUUCUUGAUUUUUGCAGGAGACAAUGAAUGAAUCAGAUGAUGACACUCUUGUCCUUGAUACUCAAGUAUUCUCUCCUAAUCUGACAAAAGAGGUAUAUGCUCAAUGAUAUUGUUUUCACAGUUGGAGUUUACAAAUUAGUUUUGGGUAAUUUUGUUUUUACAUAUAAAAGCUUUUCUGAUUUUUAACAGAAAGAAACAGAAACGUCUACCGAUGAGAGGCCAUCCAAUCCUAAUUAAGAUGGAAAACCAGAUGAUGAGAUUGUGAUUGAGUCACCUGCUGCUCAGACUCAAGUUUUGCAAAAAGAAACACUGGAAAUGAAUGAGACACCUUCUUCUCCAAUAUCUCCAAAGAGUAUUGAGGCUCAAGUUUUUACUCCAAUUCAGAAACAGCAGGUAAAUGCUCAAAAAAUCUUGGAGAUUUCAAGUAAUGUUUGGAAGCUUUUGUACGUGUUUUUGAUCCCCUUCCUGACUUUUUUUGUUUUUUUUUGCAGAUGGUAACAAAGGGAACGUAUGAGGCUACACAACCAUUGACUGAGAUCAUUUCAGCAAACAAUAAAAAGGUAAGCAUAAAAAUGUCUUUCAUAAGUACAACUUGAAUUUUAAAUUGUAGAAACUUCUUCAUAACUACCUCUUUUAUUUUAUUGUUAUUACAGGAGGAUACACAUGCUGUGCAUCACACACCUUCCUCUCCAUUGUCUUCACUAAUUGCACUAGUUAUUGAAGAAAAUAAGAAUGCUUUGGUAAGAAGAAAUAUUUAAAAUGUUUAUGGAAUAUUUUUCUAUUCAACUAACUCUUACCAUUUACUUUUGUCUUAUAGAGUGAGACAGAAACUGCGACCCAAUAUUUUUCUCUAAGUGAGGGAGAGGAGACACAAUCAAGCAGAAAUAAUCAAGCAGAAGAAAAUCUCAAGGAUACUACAAAACAUACAACUGAGCUAGUUUCCACAGAUGUUUCGAAGACACAGCCUCUUACACAGCCUCUUACUCAGCAAACACAGCAUCUUCAGACAAGUGAGGGAGAGCAAUCCGGUGAGACACCAUCAGAGCAGAAUCAAGCAGAAGAAUAUCUCAAGGAUACUAGAGAACCUAAUACUGAGCUAGUUUCCACAGAUGUUUCGAAGACACAGCCUCUCACUCAGCAAACACAGCACCUUCAGACAAGUGAGGGAGAGCAAUCCGAUGAGACACCAUCAGAGCAGAAUCAAGCAGAAGAAAAUCUCAAGGAUACUACAUAACCUACUACUGAGCUAGUUUCCACAGAUGUUUCGAAGAUACCGCCUAUUACUCAGCAAACAGAGCAUCUUCAGACAAGUGCUAUAAAUUUUUCAGAAACAAACGAGGUAUGCAUCGAGUAUAUUUGAUCUUUAAUUAUUAUUCUAACAAUUUGAAACCGCUGAUGUUACUGAAUCUUCAUUUUUCAUAGGUUGAAGUAAGCAGGCUUCUAGCUCACUUUCAAAUAGGCGCAGAGGUUGAGAUUUUGUCUACUGAUGACGAAAUAUGGUAUCCAGGAAAGGUUGUUGAUCUUAAACUGUGUGAAGGACUAGAGGAGCUGACAGUUGAGUACACGACACUCUUCGCAGACCAACAUAGACUUCAGAAACUUCAGGAUACUAUCACGGCUGACAAAAUACGUCCUGCAACACCAACUAGUGACCAAAAAUCCUUUGA